UGGCGCGCUCGGCCCCACUCCCGCGCCACGCUUCCCAGCUUCACUUGUUCACCACGACCAGCCUGCCUGGCUCACCAUCACCACCACCUUCUCCACCCACACAGACUGCUCACCAUCGCUCGCAUACACUCACACUUGACCUCUCUCCCCUUCCGCCCGUACCUUGAUCGUCCUUCUUGGCACGGCGCCCUCGCCUCGGCCCCACUCAUUUGCCCAUCCUUUGCCAGCCUGGUACGACUCAAGGGCGAAACCUCCAACACAUUGUCCGGCCAGGUGACCCUUGUUCCCCGUCGGAGGUGCCCAAGGAGCCACUCAUGUCUGUCCUCGGCCGAGGCGGAUCAGGCAUUGGGGCAAUGGGAAACGUUGAGGACGAGGGUCAGAGCCAGAACUUCUCCCCCUCCUCCUCUGUCGCUUCAAUGGUUCGGAGCGACUCACAAACUUCACCCCUGUCCUCCUCCUCUUCUUCUCGCAAUGCAUCUCCAAAGAUCAGACGGCGACCCUCCGCCCUUGCCUUCUGGCAGAGGCAAGAUGGUCCCGAGGCGUCGCCUUUGACAGGCGUGCCAGAGGGAAAUCAGGACGUCUCACCUCCCUUUGCCUACGGGGAACAAUGCGGCGCAGAAUCGAGCGCUUCGGUCGGCCCGCGAUACAAGAAGCAGCCAAAGCCUUGGAACUUAGGCUCAGGUCCAGACGCAAGCUCUCCAAGUAGGAAAGAUGCGUCACAGCUGUCAGCGCCUUGGUCGAGCGACUCGGACGAUCCGGACGCUGGCGGCGUGCGCUCAUAUGGUGAUGGCUUUGAGCAAACGACGUCCAGCCUACGGGACCUUGGAGUCGGCACAUCUGCCUCGACAAAGAGGGCAUCGGUAGGUGCUCGCUCCAGUCGUAGCCUGCAGGGCUCCCCUCCAAGGCGGCAGUCGGGCAGCAUCUCUAUGGCCACCACGCUCUCACACGCACCACUCAGGAGAUUAGCGUCUGGAGACAGCGGCGAGGACCAGUCCUUCUACGAUGCCGCUGAUGACGAAACUGGGGACGACGAUGACGACACUGAUGAAGAAGACGACCAAGAUGUAGGCGAAGUGAAUCGCCAAGGUGUCCCAGAAGGCAGGAAAUCCAAAAGGAGAAGCAGGGCAGGACUAAUGAAAGCUUCGAACGACAACGACGCCGCGGAGAUUUCACCUACAGCGGCGGCCUUGGCAUCGGUCAAUGUGUUUCAGCAAGGAACCCAGUCGGUGGCCUGGUCCGCUAGUGCCGUGCGAAGAGAUGGUGAGGAUGGUCUUUCAGACCACCCUCAACCCAGCACGCUACGACAAGAUGGUUUUGCCCCUGGUACUCUGCACCAAAAUGACAAUCCUGGGACGGCAGCAGGACUGGCGCAGGCAUCGGGCCCUUCUUUGUCAAUAUCGAGCUCGAACUGGCUUGCAGGCUCCCCACAUGGCACCCCUUUCGCGCCGUCCCUCUUCCCAUCUCCCGACCCCUUGUCAGCUGCUCCUGCAAUUCAACCGCUCGUCCCUUCUCGUGUCGAGGACCUACCGCCAGCAAGAUCGCUCCCAGAUGGACCACUGCCUCUCACACCAGCGUACAAGAAUGCAGUAGGUUCCGAAGCUGCCUCUCCCUCUUCUACUGUAGACGAGUCAAGCUUCGCCUCUUCCUUCUCCGGUACCGCCUCUCUGUCUGGCGCCAGUCGAGCUGAGGAGCCUGCCCCGCUCAUCAACCAACGUCGGAGAUCUGUGGCCUCGACUUCGGUGGCCUUGCCGCCCUUACUUCACUCGGCAACGUCUCCAGUACCUGUUGUGUCUUCUCCUAGCUCAUCUGUCCAGAUCCCGCCAAUCCGAGGUAGAGCCAGAGGUUAUACAGUGGGAGCUGUGCCAGCGAGCGGGCGCUAUCCCCCCUUCGUCGGUCGAGUCUACAUUCAGCAUCCAGGUCCGCGUUCUGGGCUCUCCCGUGAAGUGGUUCCGGAAGCAGAUGUACCAGCUACAUCAUCGCUUGCUCAAGACGACAACAAAGACAACCCGGAAGGCAGUCUCGCUGCGUCCAAUAGCCUACCCACUGAUCUCAAUCUGGCGUCGGUUCCCUCUGCUGCGUCACUGAUUGAGUCCAACGAUGUAGCGGCAGCUGCUGGUCACAGAGACGUAAGCCAUUUGAGACGAGCGUCGCAUGCCAAUGGCUCUAUGCUGGACAAAGAGGCCAGAGGAGUGGGCAAUGCUUCGGUCAACGAUAGCCCGACUGCCGGCAGCGCUUCGCAGACUCUUGCACCUCCUGUCAUAUCUUCAGCAAGUAUGCCAACAGGUAGAAGUCGCAGCGGUAGUACAGCGAGUAUACUCUUGCAGCAAGUGCAGCAUCCUCCUCGGAGCCACGCUAGCUUCGUCAUCGCCGUCAUUGGGCACAAAGGUUGCGGGAAGUCCACGGUAGUCAGGAAAGGCCUCAAACAAUUCGGUUUGAGUAGGCCGCAAGUCCUCUCAGAAAAGGUCACAUCCCACUCUACUCUAUGCGUUGUGAACCAAGAGCAGAGAUCCAUCGAAGUGCUAGAGAUCGAUACAUCAGUACUCCUUACAAAGAAGGCACCCACCCUCGAUGGCAAUACGGAGAGCGAAAGUAGCGAGCCCGUCUUUGCCUGGCCCCCGUAUCUGCCUCAUAUGGAUGCGGUCGUCCUUUGCUACGAUGCAGCUGCCGAAAAAAGCUUCACCGGUAUGUCGAAUCUGCUGGAAGCCUUUGCUAGAACUCAGUUGAGCAUCGUCAUGCUGGCCUGCAAGUCUGACUUGUACCCCAAGGUCAUCGAUCCAUACGACGCCAGCGAUCUUGCGGCCGUGCACGGCGUCGGUCUGGCAGAGUGUACAGCCCGCAGCGAUGAAGGCAAGAAGAGGAUGCGGGACUGCUUUUCGUAUCUUGUCAAGGAAGUUGCCAAGGUCAGGUCCGCUCGAUUGCGCAAAUCUCGCGGGUCGACGACGACCGGCCCCAACGUAGCAUCGCCUGCAGCAGAUUCCGCUACUGAUUCCAAUCCAUCGUCUCCAGUUGCUGGUCAACGAGUCAGUGAAGGUGACCAGAACUACUUUGGUCGGACGCGCUCGAUCUCUCCAAACCGAUCCGGCUCUGAGGUUGAAGACGCCCGGACUCCGAGCAUUCAAGGAUCUCCGCCCGCAUCUGGGUGGGACAGUGGGGCCUCUUCGUCAUCCAGGGACCGGAGACUUUCACUGACCGGUGCACCCGGUCAACUGCCUCGGCGACCCAGCGCGGCUGUCGGGGGAACCGGAGCGAUUCCUGGUGGAAUCUCAUCGCGAGGUGCGAGCGACAACUCGGAUGUACCCUCAAGUUUCGGGGGCGAACAAUCUGAGGAGGAUGGUUUCCUGCGAGGCAAUGCCAGGAUCCAGCACAUCAAGUCGGCGGGUGGCUACGUGACGCUUGAAGAGCUGUGGGACAAGCUGUUCUUUGCAGCAGUAUCAGGCAACGAUCCACGAUUCGUACUCAUGUUCAUGGUUUUCUAUCGAGGCUUUGUACGACCUAUCAAGCUGCUGAAUGAGCUGAUGUCUCGCUUUGAGACGUUGGCGUCAGCGGAGCAACAAGACGGAAGCAUCAUUCGCUUCGCGCUGAUGCAACUGACAAAGAUGCUGGGUGAUUGGGUCCAAGACUACCCAGGCGAUCUCUCUGGUCCUGAGACAUAUCCUCUGCUAUGCUCUUUCUUCGAUCGUCUAUGCCAACACCCAUCCACAACCCAUACUGCUACUCUGCUUCGCCCGUACGUCGAUGACGUAAAGGAUUCACCAGAUCUCGAUGCAGCUUGGAGCAAGGACCAAGAUAGCUCCCGCCCAAAGACCUUUGCAGCAGACGCCUCUCCUGUCAGACCUGUCAAUCCCGCGGAGAAGCCUGACUUUCCAACGAGCAUGUUGCGAGGCCCUUUCCGCGAGCGCUCAGACUCUGAAAUCUCAGACGCUCGUUCCAAUACAAGCGCUCGGUCAGAGGCGGCCCUGCUUGGGCCAGCACCCCCUUCGCAGCUUUCGGCUCUGGUCAGCGGUGAAGCCAAUCGUGCCCGGAGCGCCUCGGAUGCGACAACUUUCUCUGGCUUGAAUGGAGAGGGCUCGCCUCGAGGGCAGUCAUCGGCCUCUUUGGCUGGUAUCGCUCCUAGCGUCACCGAUAGCGCGCGCAGCGACGGUAGCGCGGGGCUCAGCAUGGACGCUCAUCAACAGAAGCUUUCCCUCCGAAGUGUCUCUCAGACCCUAGAGAACACGGACGAUCAUACAAUUGCUGCAGAGCUCACAAGGCUGGAGUGGGAUCUGUUCAUUGCCAUCAGUCCUCGCGAUCUGCUGCGACACAUCCUCGUUCCCAGGAUUGUGCGUGGCAACGAGGGGCCCGUGGCUCGCUCGAUCAUUCAUUUCAACUACAUUUCCUUCUGGGUCUGCUCGAUGAUCCUGGUCCAGCAGAAGGUCAAGAAUCGGGCGAGGAUGCUGGAGAAGUUCAUGAACAUUGCAUCCAUUCUACGUCACAGCAACAACUACAAUACCUUGCAAGCCCUCCUUGCUGGAUUGAACAACGCAUCGAUCCAUCGUCUGCGAUCGACGCGAGAGGCCAUGGCCGGCAAGAGUGUCAGCAAAGUCUAUCAGAGCUUGACCAGAUUGAUGAGCAGUGAUCGCUCCUUUGCGGCGUAUCGUCUCGCGCUAGAGAACUCCGAGGGAAGGACCAUCCCAUACCUUGGCGUUCACUUGCAAGACAUCCUCUCAAUGUCGGAUGGCAAUCCUUCCAAGCGAGCAUCUGACGACAUGGUGCAUUGGAGAAAGUUCAGUCUGAUGGACGAAGCGGUCAUGGCCAUUGUGCGAUGUCAGCGUGAAGACUCUGCAGGCCGAGCCAAUGCUGCCGUGGAACGAAUGAUCAUGAAUGUCCCAGUCAUGGACGAAGAUGCCCUCUAUCAACGAUCUCUUACCGUCGAGCCUCGACAAGGCUCGGGACCGGCGACUGCAGGAUCGAAGAUUCUCAAGAUGCUCAACAAUUCUUAGUCAAUGAAUACCAGGGAUUCCACUAGAUGUGUCUUCUCGCCAAUACCCGAGACUCGAGCCGACAAAAGUUACUCGCCAGUCUCUCGAUCCCCGCUUUUCCCUUCCCAGUGCAUCCUCUACAUACCCAAAACGUGUCACUCAAGAUUCUCAUCGAUUUCCCCCCUUUUCCCACUUUCCCCCUCCUUCUCACGAUUGGUACUCUUUGUACCACUUCACCUAUUGACUCAUUGUGUGUCCCUCUUUCCAAACCCCACUUUCCACCCCCUCAUAUCCUCAUAUCACUCAUAUACUCUUUACGGUACGAAAUGUUACGUUCUUUUGCACGUCAGUCUUCAACAUCGCCCUCAUCCCCACGUGUGAGGAGUUGCUGCAAGGAUUGGUAGUUGAAGUCUGUCCGUACUCUUUGACCUGUCC